UCUUAUCUCUGAACCUUCCAAAUAUCCACGUCAUCGUUUAAAGUUAAACUUAAGCUAAAGAACUUCUGUUUUAACCAUGGUUCUUAUGGUGAUUCUAGUUUUUGCUUUAAGUCAUACUGUUGCAGGAGGUAAAACUCAAACUGAUGGUCACGUAACUGAUUCAGGAAUACAGGAAGUUUCCAAGCGUCUUAGCUCGCUUGAGGUUAACCUGAAACGUCAAGCAGAAGACAAUGUUGUCCUUAAGCAGACGGUAGCAGAUCUUCAAGAAGAAAAUCAACGGCUUUUAAGUCAGGUCAGUAGUUUACAAGCGAGCGAGACGGACAUGUUUAAAGCCCUUAAUGACAUGCAGAAGAAAGUGGACCAGAUUGACGCCUGUGAUCAGAAACACGAUGAUAAUAUGCAUGACGUCGUUGAGUAUAUAACAGAGCCCUUAUACGAAGAAAUAGAACCUGAAAAAGAGGAUAAAAUCAAAGAGCUAUCCGAGACACAGCCUAAAGCUCAAAAUAAAGAUGCGAGAAAAAUACGAAGGUCCCUUCAACGCCGGGAAAAUGAAUUGAAUGUUUCCUUUUUUGCUACUCUCGGAAAUCAUCUCCAACAUCUUGGAGCAAGUCAAAAUAUUGCUUUUGAUCGAGUUAUUACCAACAUAGGUAACGGGUAUAACAGCCAUGCCGGAGACUUCAGGGCGCCUGUUGCCGGAACCUACGUGUUUUCCGUUACGUUGAUGGCUUACAGUUCUUCAACAACCCAUUAUAACAUUGUCAAGAACAGUACAACCGUGGCCAAUCUCUACGUCCGUGGUAUAGAGUCGCCCUAUGCGAGCUCCAGUAUGACGGCGGUCCUUCAGCUUCAAAAAGGAGAAGAUGUUGCCAUCAGAAACGUUGAUACAGAUAAGAUGUUACACGGCUCACACUACAGCGCUUUUUCUGGUUUUCUGCUUGACCAAGACUUUUCAAGUCCUGCAAUCGUUGGGAAAUAAAUGUUACUAAAUUAAAUGAACAUCUGAUUUUAGCGAAUAAUAAAAA